ACUGCCUCCUAGCUCAGUACUAACGUAGUGAGGCUGAAAGCCCAAAGAGCGUCAUUUCGUGAGAAACAGGGUGAAAAGCGAUUCGCGAUCGAAUUGGAUUCAGAGCCCGGUUGGACGUGUCUUUCCCGUGUUCAGCCGUGAUUGGGAGGUGGGCCGUGUGGAAUCGGGUUGGACGUGACAUCUGAGCCAUCGGGCUUCCCGAUUUCGCUUGUUUUGGCGGCCUUCACGGGAUCUAGUGACCGGCGGCGACCCGUUGUCUUUUCCACCAAGUUUAGGUCGCUAACCAGGACCGAGUGGACCGGAACCGGGUGUGCUUGGAUCAGGCUUGCCGCCACGGCCCUCAGAGGCGGGCAUUGCGCUGUGGGUGAGGCACGGGUUAGCCUUGCAUCGGGGUUGAACCUUGGCUGGGGAGGCAGCGCCGGUCCCUAGCUUCCGGAUAGGGUUCUAAUCCGAGUCUGGCAACCGGGUCUCAUGGAUGCCAAUGCCAGUGGGGCGGGUGCCACGGGCACCACGCCCAUGUACAUCACGGGGGGUGAUGGUGGGCAGCAGCCCUUGGUCUUAUCGGCUGAGGAAGCGGCCCAAUUGUUGGCUCAAGCCGGGAUUCAAUUGGGCGACAAUGAGCAAGUGAUCAUCGGUGAUAUGGCGGCCGGCGGAACCGGAGGUCAAGAGAGUGCGCAUUUGGAUAACUUAGUGGGCGGGGAAGAGAGCCUGACCCACGGGACGCAAGUGCUAAGCCAAGAGGCUUACGAUCAAAGUGUGGGUCAACAGAUCUUGAACCCUGAUGGAACCGUGGGACAAAUGGGUGAUGGGGGCGACGACGGAACGGUUCUUUACAUUGACCCGAAUGAUCCGCAAGCCGCGGAGAUUCUCCAACAAGCCGGACUUCGUCUCACGGAAGACGGUCAGGUGGUGCCGCACAAUUCUGAAAUUGAUGGCAAACUCGAUCUGGUAGGCAUGAGUACGGCCUCUUCCAACGCUCAAGAUCUGAUAGGCAGUCUUCAAUCGCCGGUCACCACUGCCGUGGCAUCUCAACCCGCCCCCAUCAUGUUGCCCCAGCAACCGGUACCCGCCACCAAAUUGGCCACUCCCGUCGCACCUCGUGUCCCCGAUCCGCCCGCUCGAUUGCCGGGCAUGUUCCCCACCACGAAACCCGAGAAGCCGGCCCCUGCCGCUCCUGCCGCCGCUCCUCCCAUCAACGACAAACAGGUCAUGCCCGUGGGGCCAGAUCAACAGCAAGUUAUGUACACUGUUACAGGCGAAGAUGGCAAUUCUCAGCAAUACAUGAUGUUGUGUCCCAAGGAUAUGGAUCAAAACCUUUUGAUCCAGACCCUAGUCAAGCAAAUUUCUUCAGACCCUGCCACGAAAGGGGGUAAGAAGACCAUUCGAAUCACUCAACAACGAGGCGCCAUGAAUAAACUGGGAGGCAUGACGUCCAGCAUGCAACAACAACAACAGCAACAACAACAACAACCUGCUCUCAAUACCACUCCUCUAGCCUCGACGGUUAUGAGUGAUUCAUCUCAAUCGCCUACCCUAACGUCCAUGCGUAAGUCGAUGUCACCGGGAAAAACGGCUCGAGCCUUACCUGCUCCUGCCAAACCCAAGCCUGGCGGACGGAUCCGACCCGGAUAUCCUCAAUCGACAAGCCAAGUGGAUAAUCGCCUCUAUCAUAACACACUGGACGCCAAUGACGUGAUUGAAUCAGUGAUGCCGGACAUUCCGUUGGAAUUGACCGAUGGAAGCACCCGUGUGUACGUCCGUUGUAACUAUUGUCCCGAGUUCCGAUCCUCCCUCAAUGGCGACACUUGGGAAACAAUUUUAAAUCACAUCCUGCCGGUGUCUCGGGAGGAAAUCCAGACCUCUUUCUACGGCGACUUGAGCAAGCAUUUCAUUCGCUCCUUGCGAAUCCAGAUCAACGGCAAACAAACUAUCAAAACCCCCACCAAAGAUAUCCCGCAGUGCGAGGUGGUUCUCACCCACAGCUUAGUGUGUCGUAAGACCAAACGCGAAUUCAUCGUCGCGAAUCCUGAUGCCGCCUUCGUAGCUAAUUUGGCCAAACACAUUCGACAAAUGCAACCCGGACACACUGGGCGUGGAAAUAGUUUACUCUGCAUAUUCUGCAAUAGCCCUUUUACCUACGAAGACUACAUCCGACACAUCCAACCUCAUCUGGAAGCCAUAGUAGCUACCCUGGAGUGCUUCGCUGGGGCAUACUGCUCGAACAUGUAUGACGGCUCCAUCCGCGCCACUCAUCCCUGUACUGUGUGCGCUGAAGAAGAAGCGUCUGAUUUGCGGUUCUUGCCGUGCACAAAGUUCUCAAAUGAUUACUCCUGUCUAAAGAAGCUUCAGUUCGGCGUGGAUUGCUUUCGCGAGCACUACGGGGACAAUGGUUUCUUGCGGCUGAACACAUCCAGUGUUUCGCGAUGUUCAGUGUGUAAGAAUACUGGCCAGGUGUAUUGUGCCGUGUUUCACAUCAGCACUACCGUGCUUAGUGAAGAUGGGUUGAACCAGGCUCAAGAGGUGGACAGCCAACUGGCAGUGUGCGUGAACUGUCAGAAACAAUUCAUCAACAUCGUCAUGAAAGAGCAAGGCUUUGACGAGCGCUUUAAAGUGUUUCAAUUGAAGAACAUGGAGCAAUUGUGCAGUGUGUUACGAGUGAUCCUCAAUCAAGCCACGGCCAUCUGUGACCAGAAGAAGACACUGAUUUAUACAGUCCACGAAAACUCCAGCAAUCCCAAUUCCGCUGUGCACGUGGUCAAGUCCGCGGAAGUCACACAGACCUUCCCGCUCACCAAGAUGAUGAGCUUGGCUGAGAGCGAUAUCGUGGGAAGUAGUACGAAGGUAUUCUACAUUUGUGAUCUCUGCCUGUUCACCGUGGACCUCACAUCACUUGUGGCAUCUCCCAAGGACAGGCAGAAGAACGACAUGCUUUUGGCCAUCGUUCUUGAGCACCUCGUACCGCACACGGAAUCGUUGAUGAAUGUAAUCGCUAGCACCGCAGCCAAUCAGACCUUCAAUCUCAAGUAUGAAGUCAUGGCCAAGGUCACCGACAUUGGACCCAGCAAAAAGAUAGUAUUAUCGCUCCAGAAGAAGUUCAAGUGUCAAAAUAGCACUCUUGAGAUCCCGAUUGAAAAAGACGAAGAGAAAACUCUGGCCCAAGUGCGUAAUGGGAUCAAGUCUGAGAAGAAGAACUACAUCUCACUUCGCCAAGUGAAGGGACCUGACGGAAAUCCCUCGUCUUCUGUUGCGCUUUCACCCUCAAAUCUGGACUUGGACCAGAAUGCGGGCCAACUGGUUGAGUUAAACAAGUACAUGGACAAGCAACGGGGCAAAGUCAUUACACUGGCACAAACGGGAUGCAACACCACGCUAUUGAAUGCGUACGUGGAGUGCAAUUUGUGCUCGAAGUUUAGUUUCCCAGAUUUCCGAUUGGCCGGUGCCAAUGCCCAACCCCUAAAUCGAAAAGGAGGGAACAUCAACCUGUGUGAGAACUGCGUGGAUACCGUGCUCACCCUCUGUCUACCCACAGAGCCGGAAUGCCUCCAACUGGCCGAGGAUUGUCUGGCCCUGGGGGAGCCCAAAGUGGUGGGUCACCGACUAGUUCUGUCCAACAAUUUGAAGAAGUGGCUCUCUCUCGACGGUGUGAAUCUGAUCAAGAAAACUGUGGAUGACUUCGACGAUACCAAGUCAAUGGAUUGCAGCAAUCUAUUCCUCGAAGCCCUUAAGAAGCAUUCCACAGCAGUGCUGAAGACCUGUCAAAAAGACGAGGAUAUCACCAGUGCUGUGGCUGGAUUUUGCGUCACGGAUGCAUUCCUCGCCCUGGACAAGAACGACGACGCCACAAAUGCGGCCAUGGCCUCAUUGGAGCAACAAAUUGGCAUGUCCAUCACUCCUGCCAAGCCCACGAAUCGCAUCCAUGAGGUUCACGUGACCAUUCUGUCACGUCGGCGAAAGUUCCCCAAUGGCAAUGCUAGGCUAGUACAAAGAAGAAACAUGAACGGUCGCAAUGAGCCGCCCAAACCCAUCAAGUUGACGACACCCGCCACGUCUCAGCCCGAGGAAUCUGUUUCUGCAAUUCAGUCGUUUAUCGACCAAACCAGUGGCAUCAAGAAAGAAUCUCCAAGCCCCGAUAUGAAGCUGCCGCCAGGCAUCAAGAUCACAUCGGCAGGCAAAGGAUUGGUGAAUAUUCGCGCCGUGGCAGAUGCGGCUGCGCGUAACAAAGCCCCAGCUACUGAGUCAAGUCCAAGCAAGGCUUCACAAUCUCCCACAGCCGCCACCACCACCACCACUUCCUCACCCUCCACCUCCACAACUACCGCCGGGACCUCUCUCCCCACCCCCUCGACUGGCUCCUCGAGUGUUCGCGGUAUGAGCGGGGUAAGCACGGUCACAUUGACCCCCAAUGGUGUGCUCAAGAAAGAGUUGCCCGACGCCCAGGCUCGUCUUGAUCUGAGCGAUGAUCAUGACGAAGGUGACAGUGACGAGGAGAUCAGCAAAGUCACCCCCGUAGCCAAAACCCCCAAGCGUAAAUGGUCUGAACAAUCUCAGACUCCCGUCAGUAAAUCUCGAGUUACACCAAUUACGCCCAAGAUAACCGCGGGUUCCAGUAACACGCCUUUGACUGGGACGCCUGCGGCUGCAAAUCCCAGUGGCGACGAAAGUACGGAUGACACUCCAUCAAGGAGCAAGCGACAGCGCAAGGAAAAGAAGAUUUUUGACCUUUAAUUGCAACAAGCUCUGGUUGUUCUACGCCAAUACUACUUUACAACAACAGCGGUGUCAAUUUCGACAAGAAGAACAAACCCAAUUGCAAGAACAAGAACUACUACUAUUAUUAUUAUCAUCAUCAUCAUUAUCAUUGCUAAUACUAUUUUCAUUUAGGCUCUGAAGAAGCCUCCCUUUGUCUCGAACAACUGACUACUUUUCUUGAAGCGAUUAAUAUCCAGCUGAAAGCACACGCAUUGUAUGUAUCUUUCUCAAUCUAUUUUGAUGGCAGAAAAAGAGAGGUAAACCAUUUCGAAAUAAAAACCCGUCACCCAAGAA